AUGGAUCUAGAGCAGGAGGAAAUGCAGUUUCUAGGGAUCUUUGGGAUCUACAAGGAGGCUUACAAGAUCAUCUUCUCAUGGAAGAAGAUUUUCAGCCAAAUCACCGUUGCCCUGAUCCUUCCACUGUGCUUCAUCUUCCUAGCUUAUAUUGAAGUAUCCGACUAUCUCUUCCAGAAAAUCGUCAUCCAUGAAUUCGAAUUGGAUGGAACUCGAGUAGAUUCUGCAAAAUACAACAAAAUAUCGGAUCUUCUCUCGAGCGAAUUGAUCGCUUUUUGGCUUUUGAAGUUGGCAUAUCUAGUCUUUACACUCAUCUUCUCCCUCCUGUCAACAUCUGCUGUAGUUUACACCAUCGCUUGCAUCUACACCGGCCGAGAAGUGACUUUUAAGAAGGUGAUGAGUGUGGUCCCCAGGGUCUGGAAAAGGCUCAUGGUCACCUUCUUGUGUAUCUUUGUUGCUGUCUUCGCUUACAACAUAUUUGCACUACUAAUUCUAAUUUUAUGGGCACUGUGUAUUGGACCUGUCAAGAUUGGUAUCUUGAUCUUGUGGGUUAUGUUCAUCUUGUACUUGGUUGGGCUCUCGUAUAUGAGCAUAAUUUGGCAAUUGGCUAGCGUGGUAUCGGUGUUGGAAGACUUGUAUGGGUUUCGAGCCAUGGUGAAGAGUAGAGCACUGAUAAGAGGUAAGCUUGUGGUGGCAAUUGUCAUCUUCCUUAAGCUAAAUAUUUCACUGUUUGUCAUAAAGAUAGCAUUUGAGAGGCUGGUGGUGUAUGGGGCCUCACUGGGUAUGGCCAAUAGGGUAGGGUAUGGGAUUUUGUGUUUCUUAUUACUUUUCAAGCUAUUUCUCUUUGGACUUGUCCUCCAAACGAUUAUCUACUUUGUGUGCAAGUCCUACCACCAUGAAAACAUUGACAAGUCAGCCCUAUCUGAUCACCUCGAAGUUUACAUGGGAGAAUAUGUUCCUUUGAAGGCGAAGGAUGUUCAGCUAGAGCAAUAUGACGUUUGA